GAGGGAGGGAGAGGAGAGAGAAGGAGGAGGAGGGGGAGGAGGAGAAGGGGGGGGAGGAAAAACACUAAAGGGGUAGCUAUGGAGAUGGAGCGUUUUCCUGGCUGCUUUCUUUGACAGGUGUUGAGUGGGGCAAAAGUCUUAAAACAGAAUCCAGCAUGUACGCCAAAGGUAAAGGAGCUGUCGUCCCUUCCGAUAACCAAGCGAGAGAAAAGUUAGCUUUAUAUGUGUAUGAGUAUUUGCUUCAUGUCGGCGCACAGAAAUCCGCACAGACCUUCCUGUCAGAGAUCCGAUGGGAGAAGAACAUCACACUUGGGGAACCACCUGGAUUUUUACACUCAUGGUGGUGUGUAUUCUGGGAUCUGUACUGCGCCGCCCCGGACCGGAGGGAGACAUGUGAACAUUCCAGCGAGGCCAAGGCUUUCCAUGACUAUGUGAGUGAACCAACCCUCCAGUUGUGUACCAGCGGCACACAUAUGCACACAUCCAACACUCAGACACACACACACACUCACACAUGCUGGUGAGGACAUAUGAGUGCACGCAGAGUGUGUAUCAGAGAGACUGUGAUAAUGCUGCUGGUUCUUGUUUUGACAUGUCUGGUCUGCCUGCUGCAGCCUCUGUUCUGGAUGGGAUGGACUCUGAGC